AUGGAUCCCGAACACAGUCGAAAGACUUCGCACGCUGCUUGUAGAGAUCUUAUGCAAAUGGAGACCGGCUGGUAUCGCCACAAGGAGCUGAACGAGCAGAUCGAGUACACAUGGGAGUUACAAACGUCCGGAAGCACACCUUGGGAUCCACCAUAUAUCCUCAAGGUGAAGCGCGGGGACAUCUGGGUCGUACGGCACGACAUACUUCCCUUUUUUGCCACUCAUGGAGGUGCCGCUCAUGGUGGUGAUCGACAAGGCAACCCGAAGAUCAAGGACUUGAGUCGGAUCUUCCUGGAUGGCUCUUUCCCGACUUGGUGGAGCGCUGACAUGUGUAACGCAGUCAAAAAGAGAUCGGAAGAAGAAUUUCUCAACAGGUCCGAGGGUCACAAGCGCGCCUACGCAAAAAAAAAACACCCCCACCCCGGACGAAUCGCAUGGGUUCUCGGCAAUGAAACGCGCAAUGGGACGGGUUGGGCCUUUUACCUUGAGGCGGUCUCUUCUGGGGAAAAGCUCCCCAUGACGGACAUACGCGGAGGAGCGUUGUCGAGGUUUCCAGAUGGAUUGUCGGCCCGCUUGUUAGUUCAGAAGUAUGGUGCAGAAUCAUUUCCUGACAACUUUCCGGGAUGGUUCCAAACCGAACUCAAGGAGAAUUAUCAAUGGAAGAGGCUAUUUGAGACGGCCUGUGAUUCGGUCACACGCCACAAUCGCGACAUGGCCUGUGGAGAUGAAACUGCAACCGUGGCCGGGACACAGACCGCGUCCGACGCUGGCCUUACCGAUCUUGCCACGACCGGAACCGAACAUAGUGAUCAUGAAACAGUGCUCACUCAAAUCACUCAGGGCGCCUCUACUGACCUUCAGCCUGGAAUCUCGACAAACCCGUCGUCUAUUCAAGGAGGCUCGCGUAACAGUGCCGGCAGGACUUCGCCCUACAACCCGAUGUCUCUUAGCGUCAUGCUGCACGACCCUCCCGAACCCAGCUCCAGCAUGUGAUCAUUGGCAUCCCAGUGGGCGAUUUCCAUGAACAAUCGCCUCAAUCGCCGAUCCAGUCUCAUCCCGAAGCUUCGCCGAGGUCAAGACCAAAAAGCCAAACCGCUCCCAAGGACAUUUCUUUCGAGUUCCUGUCUGGCGUUGUUGUACCCGUAUGCCUCUCGACAAACAUUCCGUUGCAUUCCAUUUCAUCUUCUUUUCAUUUCUAUCUCGUCUUCGCACGUCAACACACGGUCCACUUUAUAAGACUCGAUAUUCACUUCAUUUGACCCGGACGGACCAGCAGCCCGUCCCGUUAGCCCUUGCUGAUCUCCAUCUAGUUGACUGUGAUUUCACACAGCACCGAAACCCUGAUCAGUAAACAAAUACGCCUGCCGGCAUCUAGCAUC